AUGGAGAUAAUGAGGCGAGGGCGAGUUAUCCUGGAGAGAAGAGCACUUCCCCACUCGUCUUCGACCUCAAUAGAUGGAGCUUCAUUAACCAAUCCUCCGCUCAGACCUGCCCAGCGAGGAUCUUCUGCUGCCCGACCUUCUUUACUGGCCCCUCCUACUCACUCUCGAACUGCUCGUGCUCCUAGAUCGACCACUCCCGCUCGCCCCUGGGCUGCCCGUCCACCUCGGCCGGCUACUCCUGUUCGCCCCCAGGCUCCCGCUCGCCCCCGAGCCCCAUGUAUGGUCCGGCCUACUCCCCCAACACCACUACCCUCGGUUACUCCUCUUCGAGCUCCUUACAUCCUUGGUCAAAGCCUUGGUGGGAGGCCUAUGGGCCUUGGCAGAAGAACAGGCAACGUCUCUCUUGCCAGUCCUGCUUUCAGAGAUGCUUCUCAGGCAGCUCGUAGGGCUCGCGCCAUCAAUGAACGUCUGAGCCAAAACACCCCAACUCCCUCUAGACACAGGGCUCGGUCGUCCUCCGAUGAUUCUGACUCUGACGAUCAACCACUAUCUCAAAGACGCCGGCGUCGAGCCCCUCACCCGAUGUCCGACCCCGUCCCAUCAUCUAUCCCUUCUCCUCUAAAUGCAGCUGCCUCUCCUACACCCCCUCAGGCGACUCCGCCUUCAAUUCCGAGCCAUGUGGCUGAUCCUCCUACGUUAUCCAGUAAUCAGGCUGAACCCCCAUUGGUUCACCCUGCCACCUCACAGAACGUUCAAGACAAUGAAGCUGGCCCCUCAGAACGACCUUCCACUAUCCCAUCUGCCAUGCCUCAUCAGGGGCCUUCUUCAACUCCUUUUGAUACAACUGUCGAGCCUUCAGCUCCUCCUGGCUCAGCCGCAGGUCCCUCAGGACCUCCUCCGCUUAUUUAUCAGAAUUAUUACAUUACUCUUCCUUCUGAGGCGCCGUUAUGGUCUCAGACAGAUGUUCCCACCAGCUCCCUAAAGAUAAAAGGUCAUCUUGCCACUCUCUGGGAAGAAAGCCUGUGGCACAUGAAUUCCUUGCCUCCUCCAGCCCAGAUGGACCAAUUUGCAGAGCUAUAUGUCAAGGCCUGUGCAGAGUCUCUGAUAAUGAACCACUCCUUCCAUGCUACUCAUUAUCAGAAUAAGAUGUUGCGAGACCAUGUUGCUGAACUGGAAUUGCAACUAAAUGAUCCUGCCCAGGCCAACCAUGUGGGACAUCGUUUUUCCACAUCUGCUAUUUACAUGGCGGGCGGGGCUCUGCGACAACUUCAUGAGCAGGAAUAUUUAAUGUCUCUUCCACCUCCUGAAUUCUUAGACCAUGAUCGGAUCAUCAAAGAGAUACCAGAUGAGAUAUUUGCCCCUUUCGACUGA